UUCCGGCGGGGCGGUUAACGCCAGUGGGGGAGCAGUUGGUGUGGUGGUCUCGCGGGUGGUCCUGGCGGCCUUUGAGGAAAACGAGGAGGGUUUGAACAUGGCAGAAGGGGACACCCUGAUAUCAGUGGAUUAUGAAAUUUUUGGGAAGGUGCAAGGGGUGUUUUUCCGCAAGUACACACAGGCUGAGGGUAAAAAGCUGGGCUUGGUAGGCUGGGUCCAGAACACUGACCGGGGCACAGUGCGAGGACAGUUGCAGGGUCCCACCUCUAAAGUGCGCCACAUGCAGGAAUGGCUUGAGACAAGAGGAAGCCCCAAAUCACACAUUGACAGAGCAAACUUCAGCAAUGAGAAAGUCAUCUUAAAGGUGGAUUACUCGGACUUCCAAAUUGUGAAAUAAUGGCCUUAACUAAAUUGUCUAAGAUUAACUCAGUGGUUUUGGUUUUUAUUGUUAACAGAGGUAGAACUAUCGUGUGUUCAAUAUUAGAACUUGUCAAUAACUUAUUUUAGUAUCAGAUAUUUGAAUGCUAAUGUAUAUUGCAUGUAUGAUGGACUACAACCAUACACAUAAUCCUAAUCAAUAAAAUCACAUUAGAACCUUCUGUUUAGGCUACUUUU